CAGAGUCGUUAACGUGCUUGUUGUUAAGCCGUGCGCACAGGUAAACUGUACUUCAGUCCCUCCGUGUGGAUAAGAAGGAAACAUGGGGAAACUUCAGGAGUUUGAGAUCUCGUUUGAUAAAGACAAAGUGGUGUACAGUCCGGGAGAGUCUAUAUCCGGGACCGUGAAGAUUAAACUGGCCCAGGCGCUGCAAUGCAAAGGUAAGACAUAUACUUUGGUGUUCCGCCAAUGUGAACCCACCUGGUGGGAAAACGUCGCCUAACAAGGAAGUAACCUAAUCCCAAAAUAUGUUUUAAGUUUAAAUCAACUGGAACCUCUUCCAUUAUGAUUUAUAUUUUGACCUAUUUCAAAUGUGCUUACGUGUUUGAAUUGGUGGUUACAGGGUAGACUCUUUGGGAGUUUACAAGAGGUCACCUCUCACUGCUUCAUAUUCCCACAGGUGCAAUCUGCGUCUCAGAGAGAGAUUACAUCUGUGAAAACCAAAACACUAAGAAACCAGGCUGAUUUUAAAUCUAAGGUUUAAUUUUGUAUCUACGGAAAAAAUCUCAUCCAAUGGAAAAAAAAAAUGAGUAUCAAGGAAUUUGUCUGGAAACAUCAUGUCUUAAAACUACAAUUUAUUUGUUUAAUAUCGGUAUUUGUUUAGGUAAUUAUACAUAGAAGAAAGAUUGAUUGAUUGAUUGAUUUUAGCUUCUUUGUGUGUUUUACUGACCUAAGUAGGCCCAAAACACUAUUUGUUUUGUGUUCAAGCUGCUCCAACCUGAUGCUGCUGAGAUAUUACUAAAGUUAAAUGAUUUAGAAUAUAAUUUAGUUAUCUGCAUACAAUUGUCAGAGGUUAAAUUCUGGCCAAUAUAGGCUAGUAAGACUCAUUAUUAAAUAUGACAUGGGCUUAAAAUUUCAAAAUAAAGUAUUCUUAGUGUAAGAAAUUAUGCACCAUCCUGUAAAAUAACCAUUUAUACAAGAUGUUUGACCCUGAAAAACUAAGAUUUAUUCGUACAAGAACAAAUUUCACAAUCCCAAUUUGGAUACUAAUGUUGAGAGAGCUUGCUUUCCUGUUAUGUAAGCAUGAGUCUUUCAUACACAGACAUGUUGAAUUAGGUAUACAGUACGUCUUUGUCAGGUUGAUCCCUCCGUACAUCUGUGAUCAGUUCAUAGUGAUCUAAUGUCUCCAGUCAUUUGUUUUUUGUUGUCCUUUGUAUUGUGUUGCUCUUUGUUAAGUGGUCUGGGAGUUGAAGUUGAAGCAUGGCACAUGUCGGAGAUAAUGGAUCAGAUAGCAAACAGGUGUUGACUGGCAACAGCUCUUACUGGGACAAAAGGACAAAAGGUUUAUGUGUCAACUCAUCCUUAAAAGCUGGAAAUGCACUAUUGAGUUGCUCGCUUUUUUAUCAUUUAGCUAUAAACCCCCAGAGGACACUGUAAACAUCUUUGUGUUUACAUCAAACAUCAUGAUUUCUCUUACCAAUUGUUCAAAAACAAACAAAAAAUAUUUGACCUUAGGGUAAGACCAGGAAAACAGCAAAGUUUUCCCUUUUGAUUGCUCUCACAAACUGAAAAUAAAAGAAGUCGUACUGUGAAAAGGUGUCUUGGAACAGGAAAAGUGACAGUUCAACACUUUCAGGAGCAUAAAAUCCAAAUGAUCUUUUGACAUUCAAGAUAGCUCAAACUUAAACAAAUACAAGAGUAGCAAUUUAAAUAAAAAAACAGUCUGCAAGAACCCAAAUGUGCAGCUGUAGAUUUAUAUAAUCUGUUACUGUGCUGCAGCCUAAAUUCCCAUUUCUCCUUGAGCUCACUUUCAGGUGCUCUCCCUCUUUUUCUGUGUGUGUGCCCACUUGCUGAGAGCAUCUUUCAUGUGUUCAUAAGUUUCUGUUUGAACUCUUGCGGAGCCUCUAGUCUGUUUGCAUUCCUCUUCAGGUAGAACCGGUCUGACUGUCAGCUUCUUAGCCAGGCCACCACCUCCCAGGAAACAGACUCUCUCAACAGGCGACAGUUUCAGCCACUGAUGCAUUGAGAGAUAUAAGAGACAAAUCUAUGACUGAGCAAUCAGACAUUGCUCCGUCCAGUAGAGAUGUGCAGUAUGUAGUAGCCUAUAUUAAUUAAGAUAAUAUUGUUUUUGUUUUAAUAUAUUUUGAGGUUUUUUUUAUGUUAACAGAGUCGGUUGAAAAUCUUAUUGAUGCAUUUUCAUAAUAUCUAAAAGACCAUCAGUGACAAGACUGGCUAUAUCAUAAUUUUUGAAAGCCCCAAACAGCUGAGGUAACUCUGUUCUUACAAUUUCCACAUUAAAUAUGCACAACAAAUGAUAAAAUCCUCUGUCAUUAGUCAGCAGAAUGAAAAUGUUCCACAAAAAUUACAAGUGAAGCAUGUAAGGACAUGUGAGUAAAGCAAAGACUACUUGUCCCUAUAGCGGCAUGUCUGAUCAUAGACUGAAUAUAACGUUUAUCAUUGUUUUGGUGGUGUCACUCAUUGGAGAGAUGUCUGAGUAUCUCAACAAUGUGAGGUGCCAUGUUUAAAAUACUGACUCAAUCUAACUUUAUGACAAGGUAAAAGCAGACAAUGAGAGGGAGGCAGAGUAAAAGCCUCUUUACAAAAGGGUUGUUGACUCAGCCUUUAAUUAUGCAGCUUUAUGUUUAAUACUUUUACUUUCUAUUUUCCUAACAGAUGCAUGAAAAAAAUAAAUAAAAAUCUUGUACACUAUAUAUGGAUUAAAAGAAAAUUUUGCAUUAAAGUCAAUGAAACAAGCCAAAAAAAGAGAAAUUAUUACAGUUUUUCAAACAUCUACCGACAUAUAUCGACAUACUUUCACCAAGAGACUCUAUUUAAACUUUAAAAUGUAGACACAAUGUCUUUUGGUGUAUUAAUCCACAUUUUAAUGGGUAUUGUAGUUUUUGAUCAAUCACUGUUCAAUGACCAUGAUCAUUUUUUGAGAAAUUUUAAGAUUAUAAUGUGUGUGUAUUGCAUAGUAGAAUCUUCAUGCCAGAAAGAGUGACAUUAUUGGCUAUAUAGUUUGAGAAGUUACAUGAAAUUGUCUGAAACUUUCCUCUUUCUACGCUCCUCCCGUCCAGAAAUUAUACUCCACACACAUGUUUUUUACAUACUUGUUCUGUCUCUGAGCAUAAAGACUUACAAAAUUUAAACACUGAGCCUCUAAGAGCGGCAAUGUCUCUCUCUGCUCCUCUUUGACGUUAAUACAAAAAGUUUCUGAGAUAGUUUCUGAGACUCUUGUUUUUAACUUGCAACUGUGUCCAAACUAUUUAUUGUAGAAACACCAAAACCAUAUCAAAGCGUUCAGGAAGUCCUUACGAUGACCACAAUCUGCUUCUUUUUCUGAUAUGAGCCACCUUUUUGUCAGAAUAAGUCCAAAUGUGAGACCAGCGCCGAGGCAAAAAAUCACUCUUUUUCUCAAUGUUCUGACUGCCUCAGCCUGUGGUACUUCUAUCGUCAUGGGCAACCAGCUCAAGUUGCUGUGGCAACCUGUGAGCUUCAGGCCAGGCCCACAGCUGAGUCCAAUUUACUAAUCAGGGAUUGCUGUAAUAUCUCUGCAUCAUUGAAUCAUUUGUAGAGUAAUUUGAAUAAAGAUAAAAUGCUGACUCAAUCAAAAUCCUUAUUAGGGCCAAAGGGAUUUUUUUUUGUACCUGGGUUUUAUUUAUGAUUCUACCAAAAAAAAAAAAUGCUUGUGAUAUUUUGUUUAAUGUCGCAGCUGUUGAAUGUACCAACCCCCUGUCUGUGUGUCUCAUCCACAGCUAUCAAAGUGAACUGCAAUGGUUUCUGUGGCAUCACCAGCAAAGUGAACGACACAGCCUGGACGAUGGAGGAGCAGUACUUCAACAGCUCAGUCUCUGUUGCAGACAAAGGUAUGCACACUGCUGAACAACGGAUAUGCUAAACUGAGCCAAACACCAUGAUAGCUUACCAAUCUUGAACUGAUCACGUUUAACCAUAUUUCAAACCCCUUAUCAGAUAAGUCAUCGUGUUUUUACUUCUUUACUAGAGGAACUGUUUUUAUGCAUAAGCCCCGUGCUCAAGAACUGAAACAAGCUAUUUUUUUUUCCUUUUAAAUUGUCAAAAGUUAAAGCAAAAGCUAUGAGGAAGUGUAAAGAUUGUGGAGGUAAAAGGUCCCAUUUUCCAUUGUGGAUUGUGCCUGUAGCCCUGAGGCAGAUCAGCCUGGUGGGAAACAGCAGAGUGAUUGUUCCUGUUUCCACUGACAGAUGUUAUCUCUGCGCUUUGUUUCUUUUACAGGAACCCUGAAACUAGGAGAACACACUUUCCCUUUCAAGUUUCUCAUACCAGGUAGGAGCAUAUAGUGAUGAGACUCCUGUUGCUCUCAUUCAUUCCUCUGUUUGUGUGUGUUUUCUCCAGCCAUCUCCAAGCCUAACAGACAAGUUCUUGCAUGUUGAUAUUUACCCUCAUCUGCUCACAGUUCAGUGCUCGGGAUCGGACUCCUAUCCCAUCAUUCACUAGGGCUUAGGAGUACUGUCUAAAACACUGCACUGAUUUCCAGUAUUUGUUUGAACCUGUCCAACAUUUCGAGCUCCCAUGAAAAUAAAUAUCUUGCUUUGGCUGUAUCUGACCAAUGUCUGAAAUGUCAUUCUAUAGCUACACUUUUUUAUGCACUAACAUUCUGGAGCUUCGAGUUUUGGAUGCAUGUUAUGCAUCUUCUGUUAGCGUUGUAUGCUACACACCGAAUACGCUCCAACAAAGUAACAUCACAUCAGCUGCUAUUGUUACAAUAGUGACUCUGGUAAAAACUUUUAAAGGUGGGGUAGGCAGGAUCUGAGGAAGUGCCAGUUUUUAGGAGAAAUCUUGAAUGUAAACUCUACCCCUCCCAACCAGUUUUCCCCUCAGCUCCUCCUCUUCCCUCCCUCUCUGCUCCAGCAAGCCCCCACCCUCGUUCUAAUUAAAUUAAGAUACAAUGCAGAUAAAUACUUCAGAUGAUUACAAAUGGGGCCCAGUCAACGUGAAAGUAAAAAAGUACUGUAGAUGCCAACAGACUACCAGAAAGCACAAUGUUUGCAGGACUUAUAAACUAGCAUGAAAUGACAUACUCCAGGACCUGAGAUAAAUUGUCUGUCUCACAACCAAUCAGCACGAGGAUCCGCCUCGCAACCAACCAGGUUGGGGGAGGCAGAGAACGGCUUUGUUUACAGUCAGAAAGAGCGGAGAGCUCAAAAAUUUUAAAAUGUUGACUACACAGGCAUAAGUGAACACAGCGAUAUCGUGAUAAUCCCAAAUGUCAUUUAUAACUCAUAGCUAUUGACUGAUAUUAAAAGCUUUUUUUGUAUUUACACCACAAAAAAAGAUGCUUCUUUAACGGAAUCCUGCCUACCCCACCUUUUGAGUGAAUAUACUAUUAAAUUCAUUUUCACAUUUUUUCAUGAUAACUGUAAAAUUCAGCUUAUUAUGUUGAGAUUGGCUUGCAGAAAAAAAAUCAAUGAAUAAAGGCAUGCUACAGUAACAUACUCCUACUAAAAAGAAUAAAAAAGCCAUAUUCAAGCUUGCUUUUGGGCAACCAAAGCUAGACAAUAUCCCGAUAUCUUGGUUAGAGGGUUUACAAGCCAUUUAUUUUUUCUCUCUUGCUUCAUCUGAGUAUGAUCUGCCUGCCUCCUGCUAAAUCCUUUGCAAGUUUUGCAAUAAGCAAUGAUUCCGGGCUGAAGACAUUCACUAACAUUAAUUUACAGUAAAUAAGAGGUAUGGGUGAUGAUGCUGUUAAUGUCAUGUGACAAAGAUUUGUGCUGUUCUGCAUUCCCAUUGGCAAACUAUGAAUGAUUCAAAGUUGUUUACAAACUUUGAAUAGGUGAAAUGGUGCUUUUACAACGAAAGAUACUCUCAUAAAGCCUGUAGAACAAUAAAAAUGGGGUUUCAGCUUCUCACCCCGACUAUGAUUUUGAUGGCAUUUGAAUAGAACAAUAGAAUAGUGCAACGCUCAUGUCACUGGUUCACCUCAAUAUUUCCAUCUGUCACCUACUUUCCUGUCACCUGAUUUCCAGAGUGAUGUCAAUCUAGACUUAGUCAUAACAGUACAAUCUAAAGGCACUCCCCAAUGACGUACCAGGAAACUUUAGUUGGGCAGUAAAACAGCAAGAAUGCAGUUUGAAAACCUGAAUGUUUUUCUUUGAUGCUGAAGAAUUUAAUGGGGAAGUAUAUUCUCAAUACUUUAAAUUAAAGUCAAUUUUGACCUUUUGAAACAGACAGAUUACAAGUAAAUGUUUUUAUCUGCAUGAGUUAACCCCUUGUGAUGAAUCAAUAAACUUCUUCAAUUUGGUUCCAGUUUUAGCACAGUCGUGAUAAUGGAGAAGUGUACACCUUGUCCUUUUUACCCCAUGUACACUGUUUUUAUGGCUAACUGUGAUGUGCUGUAAUGUACAAUAGCACACAGUCAGCUCUCAUGAUUAUUAGAGCUCUACGUCUCUAGGUAAAGCCUUGUUGUUUGUAGUCUCACAAGGGGAACAACACUGAAACUCAAAAGUAACUAAACCAGUCUGUUCAGUCUUGAAAAUUUAGAGACAGUCUGUAUGUUCAUACUACGAGAGUGAGAGCAGGUGUUUCAGCAAACAGUCUGUAGUUUUAUCUGUAAAAAUAAAAUCAGAUAAAUUAUUAUCUACCUGUCAAAUUUUAAGGAGUUUCUACAUAGAAGAGGGUUUAAUGACUGAGUUGCUGUCGGCCAUUGUGCCCUCAGAACUUGAUUUUCAAGAUGACAUAACAGCCAAGAUGUCUGCCAAAAGUUUCAUUGCAUAAUCAAACUCCUGUUAAAAUUUGAUUUGUCUGUAAUUCCCACCCUGUGAUCAAACUAAUACGGAUCUUAUUUUUUUUUUCCACAGAGACUGCCCCAACAUCUUUUGAAGGAAACUACGGUCGGAUCAUUUACAGAGUGAGGGCAUUUAUCGACACACCACGAUUUUCAAAGGACUACAAUGCAGAGAAACCUUUCUACAUGCUACGACUAUUAAACCUAAAUGAAGUGCCAGACAUAUGGGUGAGAACACAAUUAUUUUUUAUAUUAAAAUGAAUGUAAAACUAUAGUAUAGUUGUUUUUUCAUAUAUAUAUAUGAGAGGGAUGUUCUGAUAAAAUAAAAAAAAACAGCUCAUGUAGUUUGGGGUUGGGGGUUAUAGGUAAAUACUUGUACCAUAAGUGCUUUAUUGACACCCAUUCUAACUCAAUUCAAACCUUACAAAAUCAAAAUGUAUUUUACACAAGUGAAACAAGAACCUGAUUUAGUCAAUGUUUUUAUUAACAUUAGUCUCUAACAGUCUUUUUUUAAGUACUUAAAAAAAACUUGUUCUUGAAAAAGGGAAGGUUUUCUAAAUGACUCCAGUACUCUAAAUUCUUAGGAUUUUUAAAGGUUUAGGAGGAGGUGCUACUUCUUGGAUUGUACAUUGGAUUGUGGAUUGCUUUUUUAAACUCUGAGUUGCAAAUUUUGUGUCAAAUCCUUUUUAGGAGUUUGUAGUGACCUAGUUGGACAAUAGGUUGGAUACACAUCUAUUUUGGUUGACAAGUCAUCAUGGUAGUGACGAUCACAAGGUGGCUGUGCCCAAAUCAUUAAGUGUUGAAUUGGCUGUUGUCCUCUAAAUGGGACCAUUAGAAGACUUUAAACUAGAGAUUGAGGUCAUAAACUCAUUACAACACAAUGUUCACUGAUGAGUGAAACAAACAAAGAAGCAGGAUAAUUCUUUGAAGGAGAAGAAGAGACUACUGCUGAUGGUCAGAAGAAAUGCAAGCUUUGGUUUUGGCUUCUGUUAAAUCUAAUUGACUAUAUCCAUUUAGUGUAUGUCUAAGAAACAGGCAAUGGUCAAGGUUAACAGGUCCUGUAACAAGAUAUUCUCAUACAAACAAAGUGCAUGGCUAGAUCACAGUUAAUUAAUCAAAUUUUUGGAAAAUAAUAUGAUACAAAAAGACUUGGAUUAGGGUCAAUUUGAUUAGAUUCAGUGUGUCAAACCUCAUCUAAUAGUCUAAUUUGUGUCCAUCACAUCUUCCUUUAUUUUGCUUUGUGAAACUGUUCUAAAAUUCAUUAUAACAAGGUAAUACAGUCCAUCCCAGUGUCUUAAUUUGGGAAUGAAAUGAAUACAUUGAAAUGUGCUUGUGAUCCUUACUUAAAGAUUGUUUUUAUACUAACUGUUGCUGCUGUGCCGCUCCAAUGUGGCCUAAAAUCAUGACUUAGAGGAAGGAAACGGCUACAAGUGUUUAUUCUGUCAAGUACAGGAUUAUUUUUAUUUUCUUAUAGGAUAACACUUUUACUUUUACAUGUCUGAUUUGUUUCAAUAUGCUUUUUCACAGUUUUUCAGAGCUACUUUUGAUCACUCACUGAUAUCCAGUGAUCCCUGGUUUAUGCUACAACAUUUGCACCUUUCAAGAGUACCAGUUUGGUUGCUUUCUAAGUUUCAUGCAGGUUCUGUAUGUGUAAAACUGUUUUUUGCCCCUCAAGAAUAAGGGAUAUGACUGGACUGGUCACAACAUGCCAGCCUCAGUAUGUCCCAGUUUUUGUACAGUGUUGACUCGUCUGCAGUCGGUUACCACCCAUUUAACAAGCACUGUUACUUUCUUUCAUGUAGUUCUAACCACAAGUCUGUGGCGAUUCACACUAUCUGCAGUUGCUCAUUGACAUCACUCUAAUAGCUGCAGCCGUAUGCUUUCAUACUGUUUAUUUUAGUGAUAUUCUAAUACUUACAAAAAGCGCAUAUUACUUUUGACUUGUUGGCUGGGCCGUCCUGGAGUUUUCAGAGUAAAAUCUGCAGUUCAACAGCACAGUGACGUUGUAUUUCAUCACCGCAGCUGCAAGAGUAGAGAGACACGGUCAUGACUUAACUAUGGUGUGCCUGAGAGACUUAAAAUAACACACAAUUAAAUAUUUAUGCGUUGAUUUUGACACUAUCAGUUUUAUUGCCACUGUUCUGACAGUCCUAAUUGAUACAAUAAUAAACAAUAUAUUCAUAAGCUACUUGCUACGUAAGCAGAAUUUCAGUGUCAUUUUUUGGAAGGUGUUUUUACCUUUUAUGAUAGGACAGUGGAGAGAGACAGGAAAUGUGGGAGAGAGAGGGGAUGACAUGCAGCAGAUGGUUGGGGCUGGGACUCAAAACUGCAAUCACUAAUUGGGGAGUCACCGCAAACUUUUCAAACAUGAUUUCACCUUUCUGCUCAUAGAAGAUUCUGAGAGGGUCAGUCAAUGUUAAAUAAAUUAUUUCAUUGAGGUGACUAAAGCCAACAGACUCAUAGCUGAAGUCCAAGUCAUGUAGCUUUCUGGGGAAAAAAGUCCCAGCACUUAAGUCCAUAUCUUAACUUAUCCAUCUUCAAUCACAGUGAAGAGUAUGCAAAUGUAAAUCAGUGCCAUUCUUUACUAACCCUACACCUCCUUCCUAUAGGGGACCUGUUCAUCUGCAGUGACCCAGCAGUUCACCUACAUGCUGGUAAAAACAGGCACAAUGGUUCUAAAGGCUCAGACAGACAUGAGAGGUUACACACCUAGCCAGAUCAUCCAACUGACAGCAUCCAUCCACAACCAGUCAGGGAAGAACACAGGCAACAUGGCUGCCAGCCUGAUGCAGGUAAAUAGCUUUUUGUACAGCUUUUUAACAACACCUGAGGGCAAGGUGUGACUGACAAACCACUUUGUUUGGGUGUAAAUACUGAUGCUUAAGUCUAACAUCAAAUGGUUCUGAGUGUUUUUAAUUACACCUUUCAACCAAGUGGAAACCUGUACCAGAAGAGGACCAUAAUUUACAAAAACUGCAGUUCCUCAUGUGCCCACUUGAGGCUGCCUCUAAAUGUACAGAAGCCACAUACACACCCAUUCUAAAGAGUUGAAAACAUGUCUACAGUGUUCUUUACUAGCUAUGCUUCCAACAUGAUAGGAUAAGAAGAACUUUAUUAAUCCCUAAGGGGAAAUUCGAUAAGGUUAGUAAGGUUAGUAGGUGUUAAAAACAAAUAGUUUUACUCUGCACUGUUUAAUUUUCAAUUUUGAUGAAUCAAGGUAUGGUGCCAGUCAAGAUAAAAGCUGCACCCAUCACAUUUUUUUACAAUUUCAAUGGAAUAAUUGAUGGUUUAGUUCCUCCAAAGAGGAUCAACAAAGGCCGCAAAAUACUUACCCUUGAUUUACAUCCACCUGUGUUUUUCAGAGGGUGACGUAUGAAAUGAAGAAGCCUGUCUAUGAUCUGAGGACAAUAGCGGAGGUGGAGGGUGGCAUCGUGAAAGCUGGUAAGGAGGUGGAGUGGAAAGAACAGAUCAUCAUUCCUCCUCUUCCUCAGUCCUCCCUCGUUGGCUGUGAUCUCAUAAAGAUUGAAUAUUAUGUCAAGGUAAGACAUUAAUAAAUAUGACAGUAUGAAGUCAGGACCACCUAGGCCUGAAAGAAAACUUAUUGAUAGUUGACGCACUUUGUUGCUCUUACUGAUCUUGUAUCCUCUUGUCUAGAUCUUUGCUUGUGUUGUUCUUGUUCUCGUAUAUGUUGCUUUGGAUGAAAGCGUCUGCUAAAUGACACUGUAUCAUUGUAAAAAGCGUGUUUUGCCAGAAGUAAAUUCCCCCAUGAAAUGUGAUCUCUUACUCUAUCCUCUCCUCUCAUAAAUCAGGUCAGUCUUAAGUCUCCGGACGUCAUGUUGACUUUACCCAUCCAGAUUGGGAACGUCUCCCUGGACAAAAAAUUACGCCCCUCCAAAAAAGCUGCUGCUGCCGCCGCCGCUGCUGCUGCUUCUUCUGCUGCAGCUGAAGCUGAACCAGUCCCCGAUGCUACCUCUGAUACCGCCACCUCCAUCUCCGUCUCUGACACCACUCCCUCACUACCCCCUCGCCCUGCCCCUAAACCUGCUCCCCGUCCCACUCCUCGUCCCAGGAAUUCCUCCCAUAACUCCCCCAGUGCUCCUCCAGCUGAUUACCAGCAGGGGGCCGAAGGCGGGGUUCAUAUGAACGACGGCUACCCCAACAAACGCCAGUCUCAGCUUGUGUCACCCAACGCUUUCAGCUAUGCCCCCGGCCUCUUCUUCAACCAGAACCAGCAGCAGAAUGGGCCCAGUGCAGUAUCUAGUGGGACCACAGAGGCCUCAGCACCUUACCCAACUGCUGGGGCCACCGCCAUGCCAACACCACACAUCCUGCCUCCAGAAUACAGCAGCUCAUCUUACCCACAAGGUCAGUUUGCACACACUCGCCACAUAUAUGAAGGCUGUGCUGCUUGAAGUGCAGGGGUUCAAUCUGCGACUCUUCCCACUUCACACCAGCCAGAACACUCAAUAAAUGCUGAAUAAAUAACAAAAAAAGUUAAGUGACUAUUUUUGUGUGUCUUGUGUGCUACAGAGGCCCCUCCUACUUAUCACGAGAGCUGCAAUACAUGACAAGGAAGAAGAACCAGAGAAUCUCCUCCUACUGUGAGCUCUGACUGUGGUUCAUGCACCAUGUUUGCUCCAAAUUUACCAAAAUAGGAGUCCUGACAUUUUAGAAAGUUUUUACCAAGUUGACGAAAAUGGCUGCUGGAAACGUAGGAGACCUAAUGUAACAUAGCUUGUUCAUGUUCCUUUUUGACCCCAGAUUCUGUGUAAAUUUCCAGCCUUUUUUAUGUUAAAGAUUUAGGAUUUGAGAGUAAACUGACUCUUAACUCUGCUAUCCAGUUAAUAAGGACCCUCACUUAUCAAACUGGAGUUAUUCUCUGUCUUUAUCAUCUUAUUUUUAUGUGUAGCACUUUGGUUAAAAAGAGAGAUGAGGACAUAUACCCUCAUUUUAUUUGCUAUUCUUUGAAUAGGAGUCUUGUUUUUAGAGGAGUGAUUUAGAAAUACCGUCAAUGGCGUCUGUGAUGUCACUUUUUAUAUAUAAAAAUUGGUGCAGAAACAAAGCUUCCAAUCUAGUCUGAUAUUUACUUUGUGUUUCAAAACUCAUAGACAAAUAACCUAAUGCUUUUUUAGAGUUAACAGGUGGAAUAAUCCGUAUUCAUUUGAUUUAAACAACUGUUUUCACCAUUUCAGACUGAAUGGGUGUUUUUUUCAAUGACCUUGAUCAGGAUUUUUUUUUCAGUUUUACACUCCAGACUUGAGUUGUCUUCAUAGAGUUUCAUAAUGAAUAAAUACUUGAUCAGGUGUGGCUGAUUGAAUGUAUUUCAACAUAGACGGCACACCUCCUUUCUUUGUCAUAAAAAAAAUGUGAAGCCAGAAUACUGCCAUGUUGAAGUGGUGAUGUAUUUUGUAGCCAAGGCAUGUGAAGAAGAAAUCUGGCUGGGUGAGCUUCAACAUUAACAUCACAACCCUUCUGCUAACCAAAAAAAGGCAUUAAACUUACCAAUAAAACAAUGAAGAUUCCUCAGGCGGGUAAAAUCCACCGCAGAGAAGAUUCUUGUAUUAUUGAAGGCAUAAACUUACAGGAGUAGAAAAUUCAGCGACUCUUGAUUGUUAUUUUUUCCUCCUCUACUUAUGUAAUUCAGUGUGAAACCAUUCAGGAGCCUCAUUUGUCAACAAAGCUGUCAAUCAUGACAUCACACACCCCCUUUUGGACAUCGAAUAUCUCAAGUACUGAACACCUGGAAACAAACAAACAAACAAAACAAAAAGAUCUACCUUUGUGGUGUGAAUUUGGAAUUUUAAGUUUGAACAAUGUUUUAUCUAUUAUAAUGAAUGAGACAAGCUUUGAAACAGGCAAUAAUCCGCCAGUAAGGGGAGCACUAACAGUUUUGGCUUCACUUUCGAGGACACUGCUAUGCUGUCCAUGUUUUUAUGUGGUCUUUGGUCUGACCCUUAAUUCUUGUGAGUUGGAUAACCAGUUGUAUAUUUUUUUUAAAAUGUAUGUCGUAUUUACUGUGGAACACGACAAACCCUCUUAAUGUUUUUGACACAAAUCGAAGUCCAGGUUUAGAAACUAUUAUUUACUUGUCGGAAUACAGAGCCAGUGUAAUAAUGAUGCAGUUUUGAAUAAAAGCUACCCUCAUCCUUAAUUUGUACAACCAUUUUUCUUUUACAAUUCAGAGGUUAAACCUUGAUACCAACUAUAAAUUUGUUAUUAGCUGUGAUGCAUAUUUCAGACAUCUUAGACCCACAGUAAAACUUGUUUACUUCUGCUCUAGAAUCAGACUCAGUUACAGAUUUCAAUUAUUUACUUUCAAGUUGAAUCGACUGAUGCUAUCAAAAAAGGGUUCUUACAAUAAUACCAAUAUAAUCUACCGAUUAUAUCGUAUAUAUCGAAUUUCCCUUUGGGGAUCAUUUAAGUUCUUCUUAUCUAUGUUACUAAUUUUUCUGAAAAUGUCAAAGUUGUGAGUCCUGACAAAACAUCUGAUUAUGCUUUCUUCUCACAGUCAACAUUAUUGCAAACAUUUGCUGUGUGAAAAUUAAAAGUAAAAUAAAGUAAAACAACACUUAAAAAGAUCUCGAGCAUGCUUCAAUAAUCAUCUUAUCUGACAUCCAGCACAGCACAGCAAAGGAAAUGUCUCUCUUGCAGCACUCCAUUUCAUUCUGCUUCAUAACUAAUAGAAAAUGUACAAAAUCCUUAAUAAAUUGUUUAAUUUAAUUAUUAACCAGCUGAAUGUUUGCAUUGUGAACCUGUGAAACACCAUAUGUCUUUUAAAUUGCUGUACAAAGUUGUUAAAUGUGUU